UUUAUUACGUAAUCAAUGGGUGAAACGAAUUCCGUUUUCUCUGUUGGUGUGAAACGGAAUUUCAAGUUUUAAUGUUUUGCAUUUUCAUUGUCUGCUUUGAGUUCAAAAGACAAUUUAAUACAUUUGAACAAUACCAUUCGUCGUAUAAAUCCGUGAUUAAUCUUUAAUAACGAUAACGAUAAUGACAAACGCAGGAGGAGGUGAAAUUAUACAUCACGAAGCGAGAGCGAGAAGAUUUGCUGGUACAACACACGAGAAAAGUAUUUGCAAAUGUAUUUCGAGAGGUGCAGCUGGCAAAACCAGGGGACUUCAUAACUUUUGGUAGUUCGGUGCAGCUCCGAGCACCUGAUAUGCCGGGCUUCCGACCCCAGAGCAAACACAAAAAUUACGGUGUUGUUCUUGCCGGCACAAUGAACGAACGCGACAUCGACAAGGUUCACCAUUUCUUCGACGGGUGUUGCUUAGUUUGCUCCCCGGUAUUGACGCCGCCCUGCGUCAGAAAUACAUUCGUAAUCAAAUCUGCGGAUUGUCAAAAUCGAGAUGGUCACAAUCUUAAAUUUGGACAAGAAUUUCUUCUUCAGGUAAAUUUAGCGCAUGAUUGGAGAACUAUCGAACGCCCAACGAUAAGAAAUUUUCUACUAUACGACCGUCGAAAUAAUUCGCAUCUUCCGGCCGUGAUGAUUUCACACCAGUCGACGAUCCCUCGAGGAUGAUUUGUUAAUUAAAUGUGUUUCGACGACUUCAAAUUCACGCGACUUUUUCUCGCUGUCCUAACUAACAGCUAAUCGAGUCAGGUGAAGAACCCCUCUACGUUAGGGCCGAAACUCCUUGCGUGGACGCACCGCACGGACCACUGGGACAUAAUCCGGUAAGACUGAGCAACCGAGCAGACUGUUAUUCCAAGUGGAAGGUUUUAUACUGGGAUCCUAAUAUGAGGUUUGAGACCGAAGGUGCUCCGUUUCCACCCUCGACAAGGUUAAUUAUUAUUUGCGUCUUGUUCGCUGUUUAUCCCUACUUGUUUUUCGUCACU